GUCGCUCCGCAGAGCUCGUCGCGCUCGGACACGUCCUUUUACAUCGGGAUCCCACCGUGUGUAGUACUGCUCUCGGAACUUGUCCUUUUUUCGCAUCAGCACGGACUAGUGGCUUAUUUUUUUCGCUUCCCUCGUCUGGCAACCCUUUCUUUAUUUCUUUCUUUUUUUUUUUUUUUUUUACAUUUUGUUUUUUCUGCAAAACCAUUCGAGUGCCAAGAGACGGAGGAGUCUUACGUGGACGCUGACGCCGUUCCGGGGCUGCUGAGACUGCGGCCGUUCUUGCAGACUCUGGAAAGACACACCCGCUCGAAAGAAAUGUCGAAGACACGAGGGGUGAGCGGCGCCGUCGAGGCAAAGGGCUCGCAUCCCAGCAAAUUGUCGGGCCGGAUGUGAUGGAGCGUUGCCGUCAAAAAGGAUCACAAUGAUGGGACCUCGUGAGGCGCAGGGCCAACCAAACAAGCGAUAAAGAAAGAGAGGGAGUCAUUGCGCGGGGCACGAUGGUCUCGGGCUGGUGUCCGUGCGUGCCCCUGGGUCGCAGGGAGUCCUCCUCGAACCAACAGCCGCAGCAGCAAAAGUCAAAGCGCGCCGGGCCGUUUAUCGUCAGUGCCGCGGCUGAUCGCACCGACAGGGUGCAAAUGUUCUACCACGAGAACCACGGCAAGUGCUGUAAAAAGCUCCUCAGAUACAACGGUUACCCCAACAAGGUCCUCCUCUUUCCCGACGAAGGCUGGGCGAGGAGCGCGAGCAGUUCCUACUGGACGUUGACGCCCUUCUGGUGGAGCCGGAGCCGCUGCAAAGUCGUCGAGGUCGCGGGCACGAGGAGGUACAGCACGCAAGCGAAAAUGGUCGACAACGGCAACGGUGCGCUCUACAUCAUCGGCUCCUUCAAACGAAUGACCAUUGACGCCGACUUCAAACUGUACCUGACGUCCAACGUGUCGUCGAGCGACUACAACAUGGGCUACAGUAUGACCGGCACGUUAGAGCGCGGCUGCAAAAAGACCAACACCUUCCAGGUGACGCAUUUCGCGGUCAUACGCAGGCGAGACUACGAGAAGGCCUACGAGGACCGGAAUCUCACCUAGUGCCCGUCCACGCCCCCGCAGUCCGAGUGCGGGGACUACGAACAAUACACGUAGUCGUAAGGGUGCCUCGACCACACAAUGUACACGUACUCUUUUUUACCAUUGGUUUUUUUUUAUCAUACGAAAAAAAAAAAAAAACAAAAAAAAAUGAAGCGCGUACAGAUGCUAAUAACGUGAGAGAAACAAAAAAAGAAAUUCAAAGUGAGGAUUGUGUAACACCUCGAGCUACGCCCCAAAGGAGAAAACUAGUUCAGCGAAAGGAAAAAUGGGGGUGGGACGGCUUCGAACUUAUUUACGAUCUCGCGCGGAGUUUUGAAAAGUGGAACAGCCCAGCUGACCCGUUCUACUUCCCUAGCUCUCAACAAUCAUCCAUUUUCGUGUUUAUUAUAUUUUCAAGAAAAAAAAAAGGGGGAUUAUGGCUUUUCCUCCUUGAUGCGCGUUCGGGAGAUUUUUUGCUGUUCUCAAACUGAGACCGAAUCCGGAUGAUUCGGCUAUGGAUCGACAAGCAUUUUUAUUCCCGCAUUAAAAGAGACAAUGUACACAGAGUUAUUUUGACAAUAGAUUUGAGAUUCCCAAACUGUAUAUUCAUACGUCGUCUUAUCCGUGUAAAAUGUCGAGAGAAAAAUGUUUAUGCGUAACUGGGGUUGAACUAUUUUUAUUAAAAAAGUAAAAAAUAUCUAUGAAAACAUGUACUUGUGCCCAGGAAUACGUGGGAGAAGGAAACUGCAAAUGUACCAGAGGGUGAGUUUAAAUUUCAUUUGUGUGUGUGUUUGUCGCACCUAAAAAGCGGAGGCACCCCGUGACAGAGCAAAACGUCCAUAAUAGUGUUAAUAGGUAUAAUAAUAUAUCUCGUGAGUAUAUAUAGAGCGAAAG